GAUUUUGUGGCUUUGAGUGGCUCUCUAUCACUGAAAAUGGAAAAACUCUGUGCGAUGAUGCUUGGCAUAGCCAUGGCGCUGCAACUUUUAUUUUCAAUGUCAAAAGCCGAUGAUCAUCUUCUUCUACCUACAGAUGCUUUCAAUCUCACUAUACUCCAGAAAUUAGAGAGUUGUAGAUAUACGGUGACCAUAACGACCAGCUGUUCCUCUCCUGAAUACACUCGCGAUCGAAUCGAUCUUGCUUUCGGCGACGCUUCCGGCCACCAGAUAUAUGCAGCAAAUUUGGGAGGUUCGUCAAUAAGUAAAUUCAGAAGGUGCUCUUCUGAUACAUACCAUAUGAAAGGUCCGUGUACAUCUGCCGUGUGCUAUGUGUAUCUGUAUCGAAGCGGAAGUGAUGAUUGGAUCCCCGGAAGCGUCAAGAUUUACGGCUAUAAUUCAUUUCCGCCGCAAUUUAACUUCUAUAGAUCUAUUGAAAAUGGUACUUGGUCUGGAUUUAAUCACUGUGCUACUGCUAGUAGUGCUUCUUCUUCACUUGCAGGAUUGUUGUUGUAUCCCUUCCUGGCUCUUCUUGCUACUCUCAUCAUAUGAUGAUGUUCAAAUUUAUAGUAAUACGGUGUCCGGUUUGAGGUGGAGUUGUCGUAAAGCUGUGCUAGAAUCCUCUUUUAUACCGACUGAUAUAUCUCGCUCAUUUGUGUGCCUUUAUUAAUAAAAAAUCUGAGUUAAGCCGGCUGAGUCUAACCAACCGCGAAUCAAUUGAUCUUUGGUAUUGUUUGUAAGAUAAAUGUAUUACACGUUAUUUUUAAAAUACAAUAAUUUAUUAAUUAUUCAUUAUAUUUUAAAUAAUAUAUUUUGAUAUGUUCAA